UCUGAACCUCACUCCCACGCUUUCACUGAGUAGAAGUUGAAAUUCCGAUUUUUUUUUUUUUAAAAAAACUAGAGAACAGAGACCCGAGAACGAGAUUUUGGGAACUAUUUUUUGGAUUUUAAAGCUUCUGAAGGCUGAUUUGCCGUGGACUGCUGCCGUUGCUAUUGCUGUCUUGUUGAGCUUCAUUUGGCCCUUUUUGUCUAGCCUUUAUUUGGCGUUUCUAGUCAAUUCUCGCACAGCUAGAUGAGUCUGGCAGCAGAUUCUCCGGUGCACUCAUCAAGCAGCGAUGAUUUUGCAGCAUUUCUCGAUACAGAGUUGGACUCUGCUUCUGAUGUAUCACCUGACCAAGACGAAGUAGAAAAUGAAGAAGCAGAGGGAGAGGAGGAGGUGGAAGAUGAGGAAGAGCAAGAUGAAGACGGUGGCGAUGGUGAUGAUCAUGAUGAUGUUGGCUCAGAUUCUAGCAGGAUAAACAAGCGCAAAGCAGAGGUUUUGGAAGCUGCAGUUUAUCCAAUGAGUUCAGCAUCUCGCGGAGAACCAGCAGAAACUUCAGGAGCAUCUCUGGAUAUAUGCUCACAUCCUGGUGUCAUGGGAGGGAUGUGUAUACGGUGUGGGCAGACGGUGGAAAAUGAAUCGGGUGUAGCUUUUGGAUACAUACACAAGAAUUUGAGGCUUGCAGAUGAUGAAAUUGCUCGAUUGCGUGACAAGGACCUGAAGAACUUAUUACGCCAUAAAAAGCUGUACUUGGUUCUUGAUUUAGACCAUACACUUCUGAACUCAACUAGACUUGCAGAUAUUUCAGCAGAAGAAUUAUACUUGAAAGACCAACGAGAAGUACUGCCUGGUUAUACAGAUGCUUUGAGAAGCAACCUUUUCAAAUUGGAUUGGAUACACAUGAUGACAAAGUUGAGGCCAUUUGUCCACACCUUCCUGAAAGAAGCCAGUAGUUUAUUCGAGAUGUACAUUUACACAAUGGGUGAACGUCCUUAUGCAUUGGAAAUGGCAAACUUACUUGACCCUGGAGGUAUCUACUUCCAUUCUAGAGUGAUUGCUCAAGGAGACUGCACCCAGAGGCAUCAAAAGGGUCUCGAUGUUGUUGUGGGUCAAGAAAGUGCUGUCCUGAUCCUUGAUGAUACUGAAGCGGUAUGGGGAAAGCACAAGGAGAACCUAAUACUGAUGGAGCGAUAUCAUUUCUUUACCUCAAGUUGUCGACAAUUUGGUUUAAAAUGUAAAUCACUUUCUGAAACGAAAAGUGAUGAAAAUGAAGCUGAGGGAGCGCUUGCCUCUGUUUUAAAAGUACUGCAACAGAUCCACACUCUGUUCUUCGACCCGGUAUGUUUUUUGCUAUUCCUCCCCCAAAAUUAACUCAUACUUUCUGUU